GAGUGAAUCUAUAAUGGACUUACAUAUUCAGUAUGUAUAAUAAUUGUUAAAUGAUUUAAUAAACAAAAUUAAAUGUCAGAUUAAUUAACACAACCAAUUGAUUGGCGAUUAGUUUUUUAAAUGCCUUCACAAACACUGCAAAAGGCAUUGAAAUGCGAAAACAGUAAAUGAGAGCCAAUUGUUAGGCCUUUUGGAUACCAAACAAAAGCAUUGCUUUGUAUGUUAAGCGACACUAUAAUAAGGGCCCACACAUGACGUCAGGUAUUGUAAACACAGCACCAAAACACGUGUUUGUGUUGUCUAUUGAACUGAAAAUCACAACACAAUUGACAAACAAAUUGUGAUUUAAAUCAUUAGUGAAUUAAUAAUUAAAUUAAUUGUAAAACAAAUAUAUAAUUAUCGCAAACAAUGGGCAAAAGGAAGCGAAAGUCGAAGAAGGGAUCCAAAGCGGGCGGCGAAGAGCCGGAAUCGGUGACAAAAGCUCCGCACAGUUUUGUCAUAAAACGUGGUAAAGUCGGCAAAAAUGUGAACGAAUUGUUGCACAACUUUAGACAAGUGUUGGAACCGUUUACAGCGAUGUCGCUGAAGAUCAAGCGCUAUAACGUGGUGAAGGACUUCGUGCACAUCGCCUCCAGUCUGAAUGUCACUCAUUUGGUGAUCUUCACGAAGACAGUGAAGGCCGCGUACCUCCGACUGUGUCGAGUGCCGAGAGGGCCGACACUCACCUUCAAAGUAGUCAACUAUACGCUCACGAAAGACGUCCGGUCGGCGCUCAAGAGGCCGCUCGUCUACUCCGGUCUCUUCCAGUUGUCGCCGCUUCUGGUGCUGAACGGGUUCACCGGCGACGAAGAGUUGCGCAUGAAAUUGAUGACAUCGAUGUGGAGGAAUAUGUUGCCCUCCAUUGACGUGAAUAAAGUCAAUUUGAAUACCAUUCGCCGGUGUAUUCUCUUGAACUACAAUCCGGACACUCAGUUGAUUGACUUCAGACACUACGCGAUUAAAGUGAAACCCAUUGGUCUGUCGAAACCGGUCCGCAAACUGUUGUCCGGCCGUAAGAUUCCCGACUUUGGCGACUGUAAUGACGUGACGGACAUAAUGGCCGACAAUAACAACGCGUUCACCGAAUCGGAGGGCGAGGGCGACGAAGUGGACGCCAUUAGGCACAUAACGCUGUCGCAGAAGCAUAGCUCACGAGGCAAUAUGGUUAACGAGAAGAGUGCCAUCAGACUGACAGAAUUGGGUCCACGACUGACACUAGAGUUGAUGAAAAUAGAGGACGGAAUUAUGGCCGGAGAAGUGCUCUUCCAUUCGCUCAUCAAGAAGACCAAAGCCGAGGCACUGGAGCUGAAGACCAAACGCCAACAGAAGGCGCACUUGAAGUUAUCACGAAAACGACAGCAAGAGUUAAAUGUUAAGCGAAAAAUGGAGGCGAAGAACAAGUCC